AACCCCGUAAAAUUGAAGCACUAGGACGAUGGUCGGUUCCCCCCCAACGGCUCGAGGGACGGAUUGCAUAUCCGCUUCAACGUUUCCUCUCGACGUUUCCCUCUCGGCUCGGCUCAGCGCUUGGGCUGUGUGCUGCCCGGCGCAGCCCUUCCGCGCGACGUGCUCGCGGGCGGCGCUCCGCACCCGAGGCCGCGCGGUUCCGGUUUCGCCGACGGACGGGCGCCGCCCGGAGCGGGUGGAGCCAGGCCCGGCGCCAUGACGUCGGGGGAGACGAGCGACUGGCCGCCGCCGCCGCCGGGCGGGGCGACGAGCCACCAGCGGGCCUACUUCAGCGAGCUCCUGAGCUAUGGCCUCAAGCCCGAGGACGUCGUCUCCGAGAGCGUCUUCGAGAUGGAGGACAUGAAGACCCAGAAGCCGCCGCUCGCGGCCGCGUUCGCGGCCGACGGCGCGCUCGCGGACGUGCGGCCGACGAACGUGAGCGAGCUCGCCUUCGACAACCACGCCAUCGAGCCCAAGGUCAUCACGGCCUACAAGCCCAAGCCCGGCGGCAUGCCGCGCAAGCUCGAGAUCGAGCGGCGCAAGCGGCUCUACGCGGCGCAGGACAUCGAGACGCUGCUCAUGGCCAAGGGCAUCGACUACAGCGUGCCCUACAGCUCCCAGCUGUUGGGCGGCAAGGGCGACGAGGGCGACGUGCCGCCGGGGUCGGCGCUGCCCCUGAUCGUCUUCGACAACGGCGACUUCGAGGUCCACACGGCGGACGCGUGGCUCGCGAUGGGCACGGACGACGCGGGCAACCAGCAGGGCCUGCCCUGCCGCGCGCUCCACAUGCGCGACGAGGCGACGGAGCAGGGCGUCUGGCGCCGGGGCAAGGUCGUGUCCUACGACGCCGCCGCGGAGCGCUUCGGCGUCGCGUGGGACCCGGACGAGGGCGCGGCGCCGGAGACGGAGCCCGUCGAGCCGACGCCCGUGCACCGCAUGCACAUCUGCUUCGUCGCCGAGGACCCGUUUGUGUUCGUGGAGCGCGUCACGGACGCCCACGCGCGGCGCCGCGACGCCGAGGCCGUGCUGCUCCACAACCUGUACGUCGACUGCAUGCCGACGGAGGGCACGAAGCCGCUGGACUCGGAGCUCUGCGGCCGCAUCUUAGCCUUGGCCAUCAACACGAAGGCGCUGCGGCGCACGGCCCUCGAGACGUCGCGCGUCAUCGCCGAGGUGAACACGGACUACACGCGGACGCUCAACAAGAUCGUCUUCCGGGCGACGCACGCCGCGGAGGGCGACACGAACGAGCUCCUGCGGGCUAUUGUAUUGCCCCGCGAGGAGGCGAAGCCGCCGCCGCGGCGCCAGGGGACCAUCGCGCUGCCGCCGGGCUACGACUUCGGCGUGGCCUACAAGGAGUUCCGCUUCCACUCGUGCCUCACGCGGCCCGAGAUCAUCAAGAUCGUCGUCAACGUGAAGCAGGAGUGCCUGAAGGUCAUGGCCCUGAGCUUCUUCAACUUCCUCACGAAGUCCGUGCGCGUCGAGGAGUUCGCGAACACGCAGCACGAGGCGACGCAGGCCGUCGCGGGCCGGCUCCGGGAAAGCUGGCCGUCGAACGUCUGCGGCCACGUGCGCCAGCAGCUCAAGGACGUCAAGAAGGGCUGGUUCAACCUCGAGGAGGCGAACAACGAGGUCUACGCCUUCUCCAAGCUGAAGAAGUUCCUGCAGUUCGUCAACUUCAUGAUGCAGGACUCGAUGCGGUAUUUAGUGGAAGACAGCAUCCGCGCGUACGCGGCCUACCUCAUCCGCGCCUGCGACUGCGACGUCGAGGUGCGCGGCUCCAACGACGUCACGACGACCUACCCGACGGCGGGCGUCGCGUCCAAGGCGAAGCGGCUGCCCCUGUUCCUCAUCGACAUCGUCAUCGUCGGCGAGGGCGACGACAAAACCUUAGGCUACUCGUCGAACCUCGCGGCCUUCGAGGAGAUCCCGUUGAAGCACUUCGACCAGGCCAUCAUCCAGACCCAGUCCAUCGUCCAGGUCGAGCGCCGCGUGAUGACGCGGCUCUUCUGGAGCCACGACCCGAUCAUGACGUCCGUGCACCCCACGGAGCAGUGGGUCAUCGACCUGCGGGCCGAGGUCGCGCAGACGCUGCGCGCGGCCGUCGCGCCGUUGGAGGCCUACCUGGCGACCUACGACGGGUUCCUCGAGUUCCUGCGGUUAGACGUCGACGCGUACAUCGGCGACGCGGAGGCCAAGUGGGGCGGCCCGCCCCCGGGGCUGACGGAGGACGAGAAGAACGAGCUGGCGAUCCCGCCCCUCGACGUGCCCGCGCUCAAGAGCCUCGCGGAGAAGCACCUCGGCGAGCAGAAGAAGGUCGAGGCGCUCAUCCCGGAGACCGUCGCCGUGGGCCUCUUCGCCGUCUCGGGCAAGACCGUGGGCCGCAUCCUCGCCGAGAAGCACGGCCGCAUCGCGAAGAUGCUGUUGGACCUCGUCGCCAUCAAGACGAACCAGCACGCCGCGGACUCCACCGUGUCCUUCGGGGACAUCAUGCGCAAGUUGAACGCGAAGCCGACGAACAUCGAGGAGCUCACGGAGCUCCGCGACUACAUGGAGACGAUCCCCGACGCGGUGUUUAAAUUACAAAAGGUCAUCGACACGUCCAUGGAGAACUACGGCGUCCUCGAGGGCAUCCUCUACAAGCUCGACCCGGGCGACUUCCGGCUCCGCUGGGAGGUCUUCGGCUGGCCGAAGAAGGUCGCGGACAAGUGCGAGGAGCUCGAGGAGCACUGUUUGAAACUCGAAAAGUCCUACGAGAACGACAUGGAGGAGGCCCAGGGCGAGUUCCGCGAGCGCCUCCGGGGCUACAUGGACGAGGUCGACAAUUUAAGGACGUUCUACGACCUCAAGCUCGUGGACCAGGUCUCGGCGCACGUGCGGCGCAUCAAGAAGGACCUGGCGUCCGCCGAGGACGAGGCGCGCCUCUUCAACUCGCGCGAGGCCCUCUUCAACAAGGAGGUGACGCAGUACGACCUCUUGCGCGACGUCGCGAAGAAGUUCGAGCCCUACGGCAACAUGUGGGAGCAGGUCGACCACUGGCUCCAGUACCACAAGAAGUGGAUGAGCGACGACUUCCUGAAGCUCGACGCCGAGGGCAUCGAGACGGACACGACGACGAUCUACCGCGUCCUGGUCAAGUGCGAGAAGACGUUCGAGGCGCAGAAGCUCGACGGCUGCCUCAACGUCUGCCGCACGAUCCUGGGCCAGGUCAACGAGUUCCGGCCCCACGUGCCCCUCGUCAUCGCCCUGCGCCAGCAGGGCAUGCGCGACCGCCACUGGGAGAACCUGUCGCAGAAGAUCAAGGUCGACGUGAAGCCCGACGAGUCGUACACGCUCGAGACGAUCUUCGAGAUGAAGCUCCAGGACCACGUCGACGUCAUCACCAAGAUCAGCGAGGUCGCGGGCAAGGAGUACGCCAUCGAGAACUCGCUCGACACCAUGGAGAAGGCCUGGAGCGACGUCACGCUCCAGAUCGAGCCCUACAAGGAGACGGGCACGUCGAUCUUGCGCGGCAUCGACGAGUACAUGGCCCUGCUGGACGAGCACAUCACGACGACCCAGGCCAUGACCUUCUCCGCCUUCAAGGGCCCCUUCGAGGAGCGCAUCGAGAAGUGGAACACGACGCUCCAGAUCGUCUCGGAGCUCAUCGACGAGUGGGUCGCGGUCCAGAAGAACUGGCUCUACCUCCAGCCCAUCUUCGACUCGCCGGACAUCAACAAGCAGCUGCCCGUCGAGGGCAAGCGCUUCGCGACCGUGGACAAGCACUGGCGCCAGACGCUCAACAGCGCGGCGAGUGGCACGACGCUCGCGAUCCUCUUCUGCAACGACCCCAAGCUUCUCGAGCGCUUCCGCGAGUCGAACAAGCUGCUGGACAUGGUCCAGAAGGGCCUGAGCGACUACCUCGAGACGAAGCGCGCGGGCUUCUCCCGGUUUUAUUUUCUCAGCGACGGCGACCUCCUCGAGAUCCUGUCGGAGACGAAGGACCCGCGCAUGGUCCAGCCCCACCUCCGCAAGUGCUUCGAGGCGCGUGCUUCCCGCUCCCUCGACUUCGAGGCGGACCUGACGAUCUCGCGCAUGAACUCGAGCGAGAAGGAGAUCGUCGACUUCGUCGCGCCCGUGAACCCCGUGAACAAGAACAUCGAGGACUGGAUGGUCGAGAUCAACGUCGCCAUGUGCAAGGCCGUGCGCGACCACAUGAUCCGCGCCGUGCGCGCCUACCCGGAGACGAAGCGGACGCGGUGGAUGAUCGAGUGGCCGGGCCAGGUCGUGCUCAACGGGUCGCAGGUCCACUGGACGCAGGAGGUCGAGGAGAUCAUGGCGUCCAAGGGCAACGCGGGCAUCUUCGAGUACUACGAGCAGUGCAAGUCCCAGCUCCAGGACAUGGUCAUCCUCAUCCGCACGGACCUGUCCAAGGGCCAGCGGACGACCGUCGGCGCGCUCGCGGUCAUCGACGUGCACGCGCGCGACGUCAUGAAGGCCAUGGCCGACGCGGGCGUGUCGUCCUGCACGGACUUCGACUGGCAGUCGCAGAUGCGCUUCUACUGGGAGGGCGACGACGCGUCGGGCGACCUCUGGGUCAAGCAGGUCGAGUCGAAGCGCGCCUACGGCUACGAGUACCUGGGCAACUCCUUCCGCCUCGUCAUCACGCCGCUCACGGACAAGUGCUACAUCACGAUCAUGGGCGCGCUGCAGAUGAUCCUCGGCGGCGCGCCCGCGGGGCCCGCGGGCACGGGCAAGACGGAGACGACGAAGGACCUCGCGAAGGCCCUCGCGAAGCAGUGCGUCCUACUCCUAGGUUCCGACGGCCUGGACUACCGCGCGAUGGGCAAGUUCUUCAAGGGCCUCGCGUCCGCGGGCGCGUGGGCGUGCUUCGACGAGUUCAACCGCAUCAACAUCGAGGUCCUCAGCGUCAUCGCCCAGCAGAUCAUGACGCUCCAGGGCGCCGUCCAGCGCAACGAGGAGCGCAUCAUGUUCGAGGACACGGACAUCAACGUGAACCCGGAGUUCGCCGUCUUCAUCACGAUGAACCCGGGCUACGCGGGCCGCUCCGAGCUCCCGGACAACCUCGAGGCCUUGUUUAGACCCGUGGCCAUGAUGGUCCCCGACUACGCCCUCAUCGGCGAGAUCAUGCUCUUCUCCUACGGCUACAUGGAGAACCGCAAGUGCGCGAAGAAGAUGGUCGCGACGUUCCGGCUGUGCUCCGAGCAGCUCAGCAGCCAGGACCACUACGACUACGGCAUGCGCGCCGUCAAGACCGUCAUCACGGCCGCGGGCAACCUGAAGCGCGCGGCGCCGGAGGAGAACGAGGAGGCGCUGCUGCUCCGCGCGCUGCAGGACGUGAACGUGCCCAAGUUCCUCGCGCACGACCUGCCGCUCUUCGACGGCAUCCUGUCGGACCUCUUCCCGGGCAUCACGCGGCCGCCCUUCGACUACGGGCCCCUCAUCACGUGCCUCAAGGCCGCCAUCAGCGAGAAGACGCUCCAGGCCGUGCCCAUCUUCAUCCGCAAGAACAUCGAGCUCUACGAGAUGAUCUGCGUGCGCCACGGCCUCAUGGUCGUCGGCCCGACGGGCGGCGGCAAGUCGUCGAACAUCCGCACGCUCCAGCGCGCGCUGACCAUGCUCAACGAGCAGAACUUCGAGGGCAACCGCUACGAGAAGGUCGACAUCCACCACCUCAACCCCAAGUCCAUCACCAUGGGCCAGCUCUACGGCAUGUUCGACGCGAACACGCACGAGUGGCAGGACGGCAUCUUGGCGUCCAUCGUGCGCCUCUGCAUCAAGAACACGAAGCCGGACCUCCAGUGGGUGCUCUUCGACGGCCCCGUCGACGCGAUCUGGAUCGAGAACAUGAACACGGUGCUCGACGACAACAAGAAGCUCUGCCUGACGUCCGGCGAGAUCAUGUCCCUGUCGGACCAGAUGACGAUGAUGUUCGAGCCCGAGGACCUGGCCGUCGCGUCGCCCGCGACGGUGAGCCGCUGCGGCAUGAUCUACAUGGAGCCCAAGUCGCUCGGCGCGGACCCCAUCGUCCAGUCGUGGCUCCAGAAGCUCCCGGAGUCCUUCGGGGCGCCGCACAAGACCGUGCUGCAGACGCUUUUUGAUACCUAUUUCGGCCCCGCGGCCGCGCUGAUCCGCCGGAACCUGAACGAGCCGUUCCCGACGGUCGACGGCGCGCUCCUGGACGCGCUGCUGAACCUGAUGGACUGCGCCUUCGAGCCCUUCCACCCCAAGGAGGGCGUGGAGCCGAAGACGGCCGAGGACGUCGACCUCGUGGCGACGCAGAUCGAGCCCAUCUUCAUCUUCGCGUUCAUCUGGUCCGCGUGUUGUACGGUGGACACGCGGGGCCGCCAGGUCAUGGACGCGUGGCUGCGCAACUUCAUGUUCAUGAACGACAGCAAGCGCCAGAUCCCCGCGGGCGGCUUCAUCUACGACUACCUCUUCGACAUGGAGAAGAACGAGUGGGUGCCGUGGAUGGACACGGUCGCCGGCUACGAGCACGACGCCGCGGCGAGCUUCGCGGAGCUCAUCAUCCCGACGCUCGACAGCGUGCGCUACACCUAUCUGCUCGACACGCUGGUGACGAACGGCAAGCACGUGAUGAUGAGCGGCCCCACGGGCACGGGCAAGACGGUGAACAUCUCGCGCCACUUGCAGGGCGGCUUCCCGGACUCGUACGUGCCCAUCUGCAUCACCUUCUCGGCGCAGACGUCGGCGAACCAGAUCCAGGACCAGCUCGACGGCAAGUGCGAGAAGCGGCGCAAGGGCAUCUUCGGCCCCGCGGCGGGCAAGAAGUACGUCAUCUUCGUCGACGACGUGAACAUGCCCAUGAAGGAGGAGUACGGCGCGCAGCCGCCCAUCGAGAUCCUGCGCCAGUGGUUCGACAACGAGGGCUGGUACGACCGCAAGGCGCUGACGUUCCGGCGCAUCAUCGACGUCAUCUUCGUCUGCGCGUGCGGCCCGCCCGGCGGCGGGCGCAACUCGCUGUCCGCGCGGUUCCCGCGCCACUUCAACACCGUGGGCUACACGCCCAUGGAGGACAAGUCCAUGCAGCUCAUCUUCCAGACCAUCCUGUCCAACUUUCUGACGACGAACCGCUUCGCGGACGAGAUCCAGGCGCUCUGCGGCGGCGUCGUCGACGCGACGAUCCUGAUCUACAACACGAUUUUGAGCGAUUUAAGGCCGACGCCGGCGAAGAGCCACUACCAGUUCAAUCUGCGGGACAUCUCCAAGGUCUUCCAGGGCGUGCUGAUGGUCACGGCGCGCAACGUGAAGACCGCGCGCGACUUCGUGCGCUUGUUUACGCACGAGAACCAGCGCAUCUUCGGCGACCGGCUCAUCAACGCGGAGGACCACGCGUGGUUCGACGAGCUCAUCUUGGCCGCCGCGGGCAAGCACUGCGGCGAGGACCACAAGGCGUCCAUCGAGUACCCCAUCAUCUUCGGCGACUUCAUGGUCCCGGGCGCGGACCCGCGGCUCUACGAGGAGGUCAAGGACAUGGCGCAGCUCCAGCCGACGAUCGAGGAGUACCUGACGGAGUACAACCAGGACUCGAAGCAGCCCAUGCACCUCGUCAUGUUCAUGGACGCCAUCUCCCACGUGGCCCGCAUCACGCGCGUCAUGCGCCAGCCCAAGGGCAACGUGCUGCUCCUGGGCGUCGGCGGCUCGGGCCGCCAGUCGCUCACGCGGCUCGCGACGUUCAUGUGCGACUACAAGAUCUCCCAGAUCGAGAUCACCAAGGGCUUCGGCAUGUCGGAGUGGCGCGAGGCGCUGAAGGAGGUGCUGCUGCUCGCGGGCAUCAAGGCGCAGCCCGUCGUCUUCCUCUUCUCGGACACGCAGAUCGUCUUCGAGUCCAUGCUCGAGGACAUCAACAACGUGCUCAACACGGGCGACGUGCCCAACAUCUACGCCGUCGAGGACAUGGACAACAUCAUGACGACGUGCAAGCAGGACUGCGUCCGCAAGCGCAUCCAGCCGACGAAGCUCAACAUCUUCGCGCAGUUCAUCCAGCGCGUCAUGGCCAACAUCCACCUCGUGCUCUGCAUGUCGCCCCUCGGCGAGGCCUUCCGCACGCGCCUCCGCAAGUUCCCGUCCAUCGUCAACUGCUGCACGAUCGACUGGUUCGCGGAGUGGCCCGAGGAGGCGCUCCAGUCCGUCGCGACGCGGUCCAUGACGGAGACGGACCUGAAAUUGGAGGAGCACCUCCAGUCCGUCGUGACCUUCGUCAAGCACGCGCACAUGUCCGUCGCGCGCAAGUCCGAGACGUUCCUCUCGGAGCUCGGCCGCCACAACUACGUGACGCCGACGUCCUACCUCGAGCUGCUCUCGACCUACAACCAGGUCCUGGGCUUGAAGCGCGACGAGGUCGGCACGCUCAAGAACCGGCUCCAGGUCGGCCUCGACAAGCUCAUCUCGACGGCGACGCAGGUCGAGGCGCUCCAGGUGCAGCUCACGGACAUGGAGCCCAAGCUCAUCAAGACCCAGGCCGAGGUCGAGCAGAUGAUCAUCCACAUCGACGCCGACAAGAAGGACGCGGCGGAGACGCAGAAGGUCGUCGCCGCGGAGGAGGCGUCCGCGCGCGAGAAGGAGGCGGAGACGCAGGCCAUCGCCGACGACGCGCAGAAGGACCUGGACGAGGCCCUGCCCGCCCUCGACGAGGCCGUCAAGUGCCUGAAUUCGCUGAAGAAGAGCGACAUCGACGAGGUCAAGACCAUGGGCAAGCCGCCCUUUGGCGUGAAGCUGACGAUGGAGGCGUGCUGCAUCAUGUUCGGUGUGAAGCCCGAGAUGGAGAAGGACCCCGCGAACCCGGGCAAGAAGAUCAUGAACUACUUCAAGGCGGCCCAGAAGGAGGUGCUGAGUCUAGGCGCCAAGCUCAUCGACAAGAUGAAGGCCUACGACAAGGACAACAUCCCGACGAAGAUCAUCUCGCAGAUCGCGCCGUACAUCGCGAUGGAGGAGUUCCAGCCCUCCGUCAUCGAGAAGGCCUCCAAGGCCUGCACGGCCAUGUGCAUGUGGGUGCGCGCCAUGCACAAGUACCACGAGGUGUCCGUCAUGGUCGAGCCGAAGAAGAAGCUUUUGGCGGAGGCGACGGAGUCGCUGAAGAUCACGCAGGCGGCCCUCGCGGUGGCCCAGGGCACGCUGAGCGAGGUCAUGCAGAAGAUCGCGCGCCUCGAGUCGGAGUUCAACGACGCCAACGCGAAGAAGGAGCAGCUGAAGAAGGACGUCGACGAGUGCCGCGCGCGCCUCGACCGCGCGCAGAAGCUCAUCGGCGGUCUCGGCGGCGAGCGGAGCCGCUGGACCGAGUCCUGCGCCAAGCUCGAGCUCGACUACACGUCCCUCAUCGGCGACUCCCUCAUCUCCUCGGCGACGAUCGCCUACAGCGGCCCCUUCACGCCCGACUUCCGCAAGGAGCUCACGCGCGACUGGCAGGACACGCUCCGCGAGCUCCAGCUGCCCCACACGGAGGGCUGCGACAUCCGCCAGACCCUCGCCGACGCCGUCGCCAUCCGCACCUGGACCAUCUGCGGCCUGCCCCAGGACGCGUCCUCCGUGGAGAACGGCAUCAUCAUGUCGCGCGCGAGGCGUUUUCCCUUGCUCAUCGACCCCCAGGGCCAGGCGAACCGCUUCAUCAAGAACAUGGGCAAGGACCCCCACCUCGCGGAGAACGGCAUCGAGACGACGAAGCUCACGGAGAAGAACUUCCUGCGGACCCUCGAGAACGCGGUGCGCUUCGGCCGCUGGGUGCUCCUCGAGAACGUCGGCGAGACGCUCGACGCCGCGCUCGAGCCGCUGCUCCUCCAGCAGAAGUUCCUCCAGGGCGGCACGGAGAUGAUCAAGAUCGGCGACUCCACGAUCCCCUGGAACGACUCGUUCAAGUUCUUCAUGACGACGAAGAUGCCGAACCCGCACUACGCGCCCGAGGUCUGCGUCAAGGUGUCUUUGCUGAACUUCGCGAUCACGCCCGUGGGCCUGGAGGACCAGCUCCUGGGCGUCGUCGUCGUCGAGGAGCGGCCGGACAUGGAGGAGAAGAAGAACUCGCUCGUGGUGGCGAACGCGUCGAUGAAGAAGGAGCUCAAGGAGAUCGAGGACAAGAUUUUGUACAUGCUCUCGAACUCGACGGGCAACAUCCUCGACGACCACGAGCUCAUCGAGACGCUCGCGUCGUCGAAGAAGACGUCCCAGGAGAUCACGGCCAAGGUCGCCGAGGCCGAGACGACGGAGCGCGAGAUCGACACGAGCCGCGAGCGCUACCGCCCCGUGGCCUACCGCGCGACGAUCCUGUACUUCUCCGUCGUCGGCCUCGCCGUCGUCGACCCCAUGUACCAGUACUCGCUCCAGUGGUUCACGGCGCUCUUCGUGGCGGCGAUCCGCCUCGCGGACGCGAACGACGACCUCGAGGCGCGCCUGGAGAUUUUGAACGACUUCUUCACGUACUACGUCUACGUCAACGUCUGCCGGUCGCUCUUCGAGAAGGACAAGCUCCUCCUGUCCUUCCUCAUGACGAUCAAGAUCCUCGAGGGCGCGGGCGACAUCGACCCCGUCGAGUGGCGCUUCCUCAUCUCGGGCAAGGCGCCGAACCCGAAGACCGCGGAGAACCCCGCGCCGGAGGGCGCGCCGAGCGGCUGGCUCGACGGCCGCAUGUGGUCCGAGGUUUUGAUGCUCGGGGGCAUGGAGAAGUUCGCGGGCUUCGAGAAGGACUUCGGGACCUACAUCGACGAGUGGCGCAAGUACUACGACCACAUCGAGCCCCACAAGGUCGCGCUCCCGGCCAAGUGGGAGUUCACCCUGAACUCGUUCCAGAAGCUCAUGGUGCUCCGCGCGCUCCGCGCGGACAAGAUCCCCGACGGCGUCAUGAACUACGUCAUCGAGAAGCUCGGCCAGCGCUUCAUCGAGCCGCCGCCCUUCAACCUGCCGGCCUGCUACAAGGACUCGUCGAACCUGACGCCCUUGAUCUUCGUGCUCACGAAGGGCAGCGACCCGACGAAGGCGUUCAAUUUGUUCUGCGCGGAGAUGCGCUUCGACAAGAAGGUGAAGAAGCUGUCCCUGGGCCAGGGCCAGGGCACGAAGGCGACGAAGAUGAUCGAGGAGGCGACGCAGAAGGGGUCCUGGGUCUACCUCCAGAACUGCCACCUCUUCAUCUCCUGGCUCACGGAGCUCGAGCGCCUCUGCGACGGGCUGAGCCCCGACGCGACGCACAAGGACUUUCGGCUCUGGCUCACGUCCAUGCCCUGCGGCGACUUCCCCGUGUCCAUCCUCCAGAACGGCGUCAAGAUGACGAACGAGCCGCCCAAGGGCCUCAAGGCGAACUUGAAAUCGGUCUUCUUCAAGCUCGACGACGCGAAGCUCUCCGUGACGUCCAAGCCCGAGGCCUACCGCAAGCUGCUCUUCGCCCUCGUCUUCUUCCACGCGUCCGCGCAGGAGCGGCGCAAGUUCGGGCCUUUAGGGUGGAACGUGCCCUACGAGUUCAACGAGACGGAUCUGGACAUCUCCCGGGGCCAGCUCGAGAUGUUCCUCGACUCCUACGAGUACAUCCCCUACCGCGUCCUCUGCUUCCUGACGUCCUACAUCAACUACGGCGGCCGCGUGACGGACUACAUCGAUUUAAGGACGAUCGACGUCAUCAUGAAGUCGUUCUACAACGAGCGCAUCUUCGAGAAGGACUUCUGCUUCGACCCGGAGAAGAUCUAUAAAUCCAUCGACCCGGACCCGGAGAGCCCCCACGCGUCCUACAUGGAGUACAUCGAGUCGCUGCCGCUCACGGCGGGCCCGUCGAUCUUCGGCAUGCACGAGAACGCGAACAUCUCCUGCGCCUUCAACGAGGCCUUCAAGAUGUUCGACACGCUGCUCAGCCUCGCGUCGUCCGGCGGCGGCGGCGGCGGCGGCGGCGGCUCCGAGGAGCUCAUUGCGCGCGAGGUCGACGACAUCACGGCCAAGCUCGAGAAGCGCGGCUUGUUCGACGUCCAGGCGAUCCAGAUGCAGUACCCCGUCGUCUACGAGGAGUCCAUGAACACGGUGCUGGCCCAGGAGUGCAUCCGCUACAACAAGCUCAUCACGGUCAUGGAGCUCACGCUCCCGGAGCUCGCGAAGGCGCUCCAGGGCUUGGUCGUCAUGUCGAACGAGCUCGAGUCCAUGGGCAACAGCAUCGCCGUCGCCGCCGUGCCGUCGGCCUGGGAGUCCAAGGCCUACCCGUCGCUCAAGCCGCUGACGCCCUGGGUCGACGACCUCAUGCAGCGCCUCGACUUCGUGCACACGUGGAUCGACGCGGGCAUCCCCAUCACGUUCUGGAUCAGCGGCUUCUACUUCCCCCAGGCCUUCCUCACGGGGUCCAUGCAGAACUUCGCGCGGUCGAAGCAGCUGCCCAUCGACACCAUCUCCUUCGACUUCAUCAUGCUCGACACGUUCAGCCCCGAGAGCAUCAAGGAGAAGCCCGCGGACGGCGUCUACAUCCGCGGCCUCUUCCUCGAGGGCGCGCGCUGGGACCCGGACAUCCGCUCCCUCAACGACUCGCGCCCGAAGCAGCUCUACUCGCCGGCGCCCAUCAUGCACCUCAGCCCCGUCAAGGACCGCGUCGACCCGACGGGCGGCAUCUACCGGUGCCCGAUCUACAAGGUCCUCUCGAGGCGCGGCGUGCUCUCGACGACGGGCCACAGUACGAACUUCGUCAUGUGGAUCGAGAUCCCCUCGAACAGGGAAGACGGCAAGAACAACCUCGGGCAGGCCGACCAGCUCACCUGGGCCAAGGGCGGCGUCGGCGCGUUCUGCUCGCUCAAGUUCUAGGCGCGCGUAAUUUACCCGACGUCC